AUGCAGUCCAAGAUCUUCACCGCCGCCCUCGCCGCCAUCUCCUUCACUUCGGUCCAGGGUGCCGUUCUCCCUCGCGCCACCAUCACUCCUGGCACAAUUGUUACUCCUGGCCUCUCUUUCGACCCUGCCGAGCUUGGUGCCAACCAAUUGGCUUUUGCAACCCUUCAACUCCUGUCUGGCCAGCUGGCCCAGACCACUGCUCUUGCCGGCACCCUUGCCUUGAGUGCUACCGGCACCGCGACUAUUGCGGUCAACCAGGUCCAAGCUGUUGUCGCUCAGCUCAGCUCCAACGCUGCAGCGAUCGCUUCCAACGUUGCCAGCAUUGUCGCCAGCGUUCCCACCGCGAUCCCGAGCCCUCCUCCCGCUCCCUCCCCCACUGCCCCUGCUCUUCCCGAUAUUGGCGGCCAGGCUGAAGCUGUCGUCCGCCAAGCCCAGGCUCUCGCCAGAACUCUCACUGCCCAGAUCGCUAUUCUCCAGGCUCAGGUCACCGCCAACGCUGGAACUAUUGCCGGCCAGGCUCAGAACCUCAUCCUCGUCCCUGCCUUGGCCCAGGCUCAGACUGCCCUCACUACUGUUCUCGCCACCAUCGGAACCGCUAGCAACCUUGCCCUCACUACGGCUGCCACUCUUACCGCCAAUGUCCAGGCCAUUGCCGACCGCAUCCGCAACGCUCAGGUCAAGCUCAACCCUGUCCUCGUCCUUGGCGCCACCCCCGAUAUCCAGUUCUAA